AUGACAGAUUACACAUUAAAUGCUAUUAACUGUCGUGAAGAAGGACAUUUUGCUUCAGACUGUCCGAAAGUCAAAAAUAAUUUGAGAGCAAUUGGCAAAGGAGGCAAAGUUGUCAUAUUAGCUAUUGGAGAAGGAAAAACUACUCUGAAAAUUGAUCAGGUAGAAGCCGACGUGGAUUUCAUCGUAGUACCUGAUCAUAUUCAGUCAAUACCGGUCAUUGUGGGACAAAGCUUGUUGAAUCAAUCAACAAUUCUAGUAAUCGUAUCAGGAAAGAAUGUUCACAUUCAUCCAAGAGAUGACAAUGUUCCCAACAUUCUAGAUCUUCCGACCAGGAUAAUUCAUUUUGGGGCACGAUGCAGUGCAAAAAAAACAGUGGCAGUCAUUGAGGUGGUGUCACGAGGAGCCACCACCGACAAUGUGUAA